ACGAUGAGACCCGAGACUUUUCAAGAGCCGUCCGCUUCGUUUUUCGCCCCUUUCACUUUACCCGAAGUCGCCCAUUCGAUCGUCGUUCCAAAUGCUCGUCUUCAAACGGGAGUCGUUCACAAGUAUAAAAGCUGCUCGCUUCUUCAUAUCACGCUCUAUCAGUCUCUCGUUGCUUGAAACUCUCAGUCAUAUUGAUCAUCUUCGACGGGAAAGUAAGGAUUUUCAUGGCUUCAGUGGCGGCUCUGAGAAUGAGCAGAGGAUUGUUGAUCAUGGAUUCUACAGAAGGUGCAGAGGCUGGUUCUAGCAGGAGGGAAGACAAGCCCACUGAACUUAUUGAUAUUAUCUUCUCUUGGUCUCUUCAAGAAAUCUUCAAUAUCAAUCUCUAUAGGGACAAGAUUGGGAGCAUCCCGGAUUCAUUUCGAUCAGUUGAGCAAUACGUUUCUUCAUUUAAGUUUCCUUUUUGGAGGAAACACGAGUUGGCCUCUGUUCAAGUAUGCAGAACGUAUCUAGGCGGCCUUUUGCGCGAGUCACUGGGUUUGUUGAAGGUGAGAAGAAUGUUUACCAUGUGGAAGUGGACUACUGGAGAAACAGGGCCACUAAUCGAGGCAGGAACCUUACAAAACUUCCCCUGGGGAUGUUUUGAUGUUAACUAAUGCUAAGACGGAUACCAUUCCCAGCUUAGAAAGGUUUGCAGGAAGAUGGGCAUUUGCAUCAGUCGCUGACAUAAUAGAAGAGGAGGACGGGAAUGCUCAAGCAUCAACGAAGUUCAUAGUCAAGGCAUUUUUUUACGAUGAAAUGAAUGAUGUUCGUGCUUACAAGUCAAUGUAUGCAGUUUUCCUGAUGAAUGCAGUCACUAACGAGAGGAUAUGGAACGGGCUACACAGAUUUUCGAACUUGGAGAUUGCAAAGGCAGUUCUAUGUACGGA